AUGCCCACGCUCUUUGCAAAGAACGCGGCGCUUUUCUACACGAGAAUCUGCGAGCUCGUUGCAUGCUUCAGAAACCAGCAUCUCAACUGGCCACGGAGCGCAGCCUCGUUCCAGAGCUUGAGCGCAGCAUCAGAGAAGGUGAGCCUGCAUCCCAUGCAGCGCAGGAAAUCCUGGGAAACAGGGCGGGGUGUCCGCCCGGAGCUGAUUUUUGGGCCUGUGGCAGAGGGCUUGAUCGUAUGGCAGCCACCCACGGUGAGCGACUCCAUGCAGGAUGCGAUCGUGCUGAGAGAUUCAGAUGCCGAGAAUGUGAGCCAGUUUGCUGGUGCACCGAUGGGUUCCCUCAAAGAGUCUUUCAUCGUGUCGGAGGCUGGUCCAAAGAUAGAUGGGUCUCUUCCAGUACAGCUCGAGGAACACCCCAAAAUGAAGUCGGAGCUGGCGAAAGCUGCAAUGAAGCGCAUUGCCGCUGACAUGCUGGAGUUUGCAAGGCAGCAAAGCCAGCCACAGCUCAAGCUCUUCACCCAGGGCUCCAUGCUGCCUUCUUUGGAGAAUAUCGAGCAGCUCGACAAAGAACUAUGUGCACUUCGAAGCAAG